AACUACUGCCCCGACACAGCUAACCUUCUGUCGCAGUCUUCAAUCAGCCGUUCGUUUAGAACGCAGCAACUCCAGAUCGAGAGGUGGUGAAUGGCCCCGUCCGUCUUCGUGGUGAUGUGCGCAACCUUUCUGUUGUGGGCGCAAUUCGAGUCGACUUCCGCAGACGACCAAAUGCCAGAAGGGGCUGCAGUCCAACAUUUCACCGAGAAUUCCAGUGGCCUAGCAGGAAGUGUUGCUGAAGGACACCUUGCUACACCCAUGCCCAAGCACCGUUUCUCGUCCAUGUUAUCCGCUGCCAAAAAACUGACGAAAGCCGGUGCCUGUUCGCUGCCAGAUGAUCCUUCCGUUGACUUGGCGCUGGACCAUUUUGGAUCUAAUUUACCCGUGACAAAAAUCAUUUCAAUACCAGUUACAGAAUUCUCUUGUAAUGACCGCCAACCGGGUUAUUACGCAGAUAGAGAUAGAGAAGCGUCUUGCAAGAUUUUCCACUACUGUUACGAAGACAACCCCAUCGUUUCCUUCAUUUGUCCGACAUGUACCUUGUUUCACGAUGAAAAGCAACUCUGUGACUAUUGGUACAACGUCGAUUGCAAAGUGGGAUGAAGGAUUGCACCAAUAAGCCAUGAAUAUACUACACAACCUGCGAACAAAGAGAAAUCUGUUAUUUACAUCAUGUCCUCUAUUUUCGUUCAUAUCAAUUUGUAGUAAUAACAAAUUUUAUUACCUGAAUAAUACAAACGGUGUUCUUGGUUAA